AUGUCCGAAGAUCGCACUGCAAGCCCGGUCAUCCUAUCCAUGGAAGUGGACGAUGAAGAUUCCUUCGAAAACGAAUACCGACUCCGAAUCGGAAACCAAGUCAAAUAUCUCGUCAUUUCUCCUGGAACCUUUGACAGAGAUACACUUUCAUUCCCUAUCCCGUCCCUACCCCGUCUUCCUUGUCAGGAGGAAUGGACUGUAGCCCACAUCUCGAGAGACGAAACCAGCGGCGACUUAAAAACUUCGAUCGCGAACCGAACGCUAGCCGGCGUCAAGUGUCGAUGGCAUCAUACUCAGGUUGAUUGCCUCGAGUUGGAGAAGAUCAAACAGCUCACAGCAAUGGCUUUCGAAGCCGUCUCACAUUCGGUCCUUCCAGUCACCCCAUCUUCAACUAGCAUAAUUGCCAAAAUAGCGCGUUUCGAAUGGGAAAUACCUCGCAUUGAACAAGAAACAAGAGCAUAUCAGUUGCUUGAGGGUUCGGGGCUGGCUCCGCGCUUCCUCGGUCAUAUCCACGAGAACGGGCGCAUUAUUGGGUUUCUCCUAGAGAAAAUAGAGGGACGCUUUGCCUCCUCACAGGAUCUGAGCAUCUGCGAAACAGCUGUGGGGAAACUCCACGAAUUGGGAUUCAAACAUGGGGACGUGAACCGAUAUAACUUUCUCGUCACGGAGGAGGGCGUGAAAUUGCUCGACUUUGAAUGCCUUCUGGAGAAUGCUAGUCCUGAGUCAAUGCGCAAGGAGUUGGAGAGUCUACGUGCCGAGUUGGUUGAUGAGUCAGGACGUGGCGGAGGUUUUAUUUUCCAUGGCGAGAUCGAUUAA